CGCGCGGUGAGCUGGGGGACUCCGAGGCGGCCGGCCGGGAGGCUGCGAGAGGCGCCGCCGCCGCCGAAGCUCCCGCCGCGCCGGGGAAACGCGCGCCGGCCUCCAGGAAGCUCUAGCCCCGGCAGGACCUACCGCGGCUGCAUCACGGAGGAAGGGAGCCAGCCCGGCCCUCGGCCUUGGAGCCAGCCUGCCGCGCCCUGCGCCCCAGGCCGAGGUGUCCUGAAGACACGGAGCCCCAGGCCCCGGCCCAGGCGCGCCCCCUCGUCUUCGGGACCGUCAGGCCCUGCAGUGGAUUUGGCCCCUCCUCCACCACCUCUGGGAACAACCACAAAUUCUAUUUGGGAUUUUCCUGAGUAAACCAGAGCAGAGCCUAGAGUCUUUUGCUCAGUGCUGGAUUUAAUCAGUGUAUGUUUUUGAAGGAUUUGGCUUUUUUUUAACCUUUGACUUUUGAUCUUCGUUUUUUGUGACAGCCCCUCACUCUACAUUAUUGGUAUUUUCAUUUUUGUAUUGUUGUUACUGCCUCUCCCCGCAUUGCUUCUUGGCCCGAGGACUCGGAAGCUGCGAGCGCGCGGGGCGAUGUACCAGAGCCUGGCCAUGGCCGCCAACCACGGCCCCCCUCCCGGGCCCUACGAGGCGGGCGGCCCGGGCGCCUUCAUGCACGGCGCAGGCGCCGCGUCCUCGCCGGUCUACGUGCCCACGCCGCGUGUGCCGUCCUCAGUGCUCGGCCUGUCCUACCUCCAGGGCGGAGGCGGGGGCGCCGCGUCCGGAGCCGCCUCGGGCGGCACGGCGGGUGCGGCGCCGUCGGCCGCGGGGCCCGGGACCCAGCAGGGCAGCCCCGGCUGGAGCCAGGCGGGAGCCGAGGGAGCCGCCUACACCCCGCCGCCCGUGUCGCCGCGCUUCUCCUUCCCGGGCACCACCGGGUCCCUGGCCGCCGCCGCCGCGGCCGCCGCCGCCCGGGAAGCCGCGGCCUACAGCAGUAGCGGCGGGGCGGCGGGCGCGGGCCUGGCAGGCCGCGAGCAGUAUGGGCGAGCCGGCUUCGCGGGGUCCUACUCCAGCCCCUACCCCGCCUACAUGGCCGACGUGGGCGCGUCCUGGGCUGCGGCCGCCGCCGCCUCCGCGGGCCCCUUCGACAGCCCGGUCCUGCACAGCCUGCCCGGCCGGGCCAACCCUGCCGCCCGACACCCCAACCUCGAUAUGUUUGAUGACUUCUCAGAAGGCAGAGAGUGUGUCAACUGUGGGGCCAUGUCCACCCCACUGUGGCGGCGGGACGGGACGGGACACUACCUGUGCAACGCCUGCGGCCUCUACCACAAGAUGAAUGGCAUCAACCGGCCGCUCAUCAAGCCUCAGCGCCGGCUGUCCGCAUCCCGCCGGGUGGGCCUCUCCUGCGCCAACUGCCAGACCACCACCACCACGCUGUGGCGCCGCAACGCCGAGGGCGAGCCGGUGUGCAACGCCUGCGGCCUCUAUAUGAAGCUCCACGGAGUUCCCAGGCCUCUUGCGAUGCGGAAAGAGGGGAUUCAAACCAGAAAACGGAAGCCCAAGAACCUUAACAAGUCGAAGACACCAGCAGGUCCCUCGGGCAGUGAGAGCCUUCCUCCCACCACCAGUGCUUCCAGCAACUCCAGCAGCGCCGCCACCAGUAGCAGUGAAGAGAUGCGUCCCAUCAAGACAGAGCCUGGGCUGUCGUCCCACUAUGGGCAUGGCAGCUCCAUGUCCCAGACGUUCUCGGUCAGUGCGAUGUCUGGCCACGGGCCCUCCAUCCACCCGGUCCUCUCGGCCCUGAAGCUCUCCCCUCAAGGCUACGCAUCCUCUGUCAGCCAGUCACCACAGGCCAGCUCCAAGCAGGACCCUUGGAACAGCCUGGCCUUAGCUGACAGUCAUGGGGACAUAAUCACUGCGUAAUGUCACCUCCUCCCCUCCUCAGAUUCCUGCAUGGACUUGGGACUCGGAGGACAGCAGGGAUGAGGCUCUGGGCUCCCAGGGGCCGGCCUGCUCUGUCUGGGAAUGACUCCAGACAACAACUGGGAAGAAACUUGAAGUCUAUGAUUUGGUUAGGGGAAGUGGGUGCUGGAUUUUCUCGGAUACCUUUCCAGGUAGGGGGCUGGAAAGAGCCCAGACUCUGAUCCAGAAGAGGCCCCCCUUCACUGGGAGCACACCUCAGACCCUUCCGCGGAGUUGGAGCGUUCCUUCUCCUUUCCUGCCCCACCCCACCCCGGACGAGAGACAAGAUGUCCUUCUCCCCGUCUUUCCACCGCUGUGGCCCGAGACGGUGGUUCUUCCGUGGUGUUCCCUGCACCUGGGACCUGAGGGCAGGUGGAGAGGGCAGGGUGUUGGGGCCCCAGCUCCGGCCUGAAUCCGGGCAUCUGUCUGAGGUGCGUUUGGAUGCGGCGGCCCCUUGGGCGGCCCCUGCCCUUUCCCAACACUCCCCCUCAUUCGGCACACCUGCAGAUCCAAUACUGACUCUUGACUCCAAAAACCCUGGGUGUAGGGCCAGCGUCCCUGGAUGCUCCGUGGGGAGAUGGAGGAGGGGACAGCUCUGUCCACCACAGAGUGGCUUCGGCAGACUCACCACCGGGUAGCCUCUCCUCUCUGCAAGUUCCUUCCAUGGCUAAAAUUGCUCCUUCUCUCCACCCCACCAAGGCCUCUGAAUGAAUUUCCCUCUGCUGCUCUGUGAUUCAGCUCUGCCUGCAGCUUGAAAGUGUCUCUUCCUCAGCAAAACAGGAGCUCCCCUAAGCCUGACCCCCAGAUCCUUCUUACACCCCAUCACGCACAGGGGGUCCUGAGUAAGAACAAAAAAGUUCUCCUGCUAAAGCAAGUUUGACCUGCAUUCAUCUGAGACUUGAGAGCCUUCUGGAGAGGGGUCUGGGGGACACCAUCCCCGGGGCUGGGCGCACUGUGGGGGGCGGGGUUUUCCCCUUGGAUCUGGCCGAGGUGGACUCGCUGUUCUGCGGGGAGGAGCCUGUUGUCCAAAAAUCAGGCCGAGCCCUUCCAAGGGGCAGGCGCAAAGGACCUGCACCUACAUCCUUUCUCCAGCAGAAAUCUUUUGUCCAGGAGGCAAAGAGCUCAGGAUUUCUCACCAUAAAUACAAACAAACAAUGCAACAGCACUCACGGAAGAGUGAUGAGAGAGGACGGAUGCUGAGGAUGGGCCGAGGGCUCUCCCGCUCCCCCUGUUAGGGAAUUGGCCGCCUCUCCACGGUGCUGUUCCUGUGGGAGGCACCUGGCUCACGAAGACCAAGAUGCCGCCUUCUGUGCCCUUGCUGCCACCAGAGAGGAGCUAGCUGGCUUUCCCAAGUGCCACCCCAGCCACCCAGCCCCCACCCCCAAAUCCUCCUGGCUGUAGCAGAGAGUAUCUUUACACCCAGAUUCUGUUUUAAUCAUCAUUUACAUCAUUGCUUUCUUCCAAGAAAGCCCCCUCAUGUACCUUCCCUAACCCACAAACCUGCUAACAUUGUCUUAAGGUGAAAUGGCUGUAAAAUCAGUAUUUAACUAAUAAAUUUAUCU